AUGUUGGCCGCGGGGCCGCCACUCGGAGGUCGGCCUAGGCGCGCUCCUUCCCAGGGUCCGGAUUCAAAUCCUUGGGCGCUGGCUGCAGCUAAUCCGAGCGCGUCGAGGCGGGGGCAAGCCGGGGAUCCGCUUGUGCCCGGCGGCCCGGCCCCGCAGGGGCAUGGUGAGCCCGAGCCCCGCGCCGAGGGCACCGGCGCCCACCAGCAACCGCGGCGCUGCCCGUCAACCCCGGGGCGAGCUGCUUGCUCCGCGGAGCUGGCGGCCUGCUUCUGCAGCCCCGAGCACUUUGCAGGCGGUUUUGAGGGGGGACGCCGCCCCCCGGCCGCCCGGCCGCGGCCCCCUCCUUUCCGCCCCCUCGGGCCGCAGCCGCCGCCGCGGUUGCUGCAAAAGGGCGCUCGCACGCACCGCCAAGCUCCGGGGAAAGCGCCCGGCGCGCGUUUGCAGGACCCGGCGCUCAGCCGUGCGGCGCCGCCUCCCAAGGUGUUUUCGCUGCGCCCGACCCCGGGGACGAUCCUCGGCCUGCGGCCGUCCAAGUACCUGCCCCAGUCCCCGGGCCAGUCGUCGGGCCACUCGAGAGCCCCUCCCGGGCCCCGUGGGCUUCCCGGGGCUCGCACCCGCCCCCCCACCCCACCCCCCGCUCGCCCUUCGCGGAUGGAGGUCACCGAGAGAGGCAGCUGGAAGCGUGCGCUCUGCCCACCGGCUGGGAUGCGAGGACCGCCGCCCAGAGUCCCCGAUUACAAGUCCGCACCCCUGCCCAUCUCCUCCCUGGCCGGCUCCUCUUCCUCCUCGGAGGCUCGACGGCUCCUCCUUGCCCAGGAUAGCUCCGGCAGACCCAGCCGCAUCGCAUCCCGAGACCCAGGACACUAUCCUUUUUGA